AAAAGAGAGAGAGAGAGAGAGAGAGAAGAACAGAAAAUAUGGAAGGUUGAAUACAGCGAAGCAAUUGUUCAUGCAGACCCACCCCCCACAAUCCUACAUUAUUAUUAUAUAUUUAUAUAUUCUCACAUAUAUUUAUAUAAUAUACAUUAUAUUAUAGAUAUAUAUAUAUUAUAUUGGUCGAAAUAUAUACACACACAUAUAUAAUUGCAUAUUGGUGAGAAAAAGAGAGAGAGAGUGGUGAUACAGCAAGAAAGCUGGUCCUUUGGUCUCUGCUGGUCUUCCAUAUUUCCAUUGGCCACCACCUUUGCCCACUAUUGUCGUGGGUUCCCACUAGCAGCUUUUUUGUCUUCUCCAUUCUUUUCUUCUUCCAAUAAUUUUAAAAAUAUUCAUUAUUUCUCUGCGUUUUUCCUCUGAUAUUUCUUCUGACUCUGCGUUUAGUGUUUUUGCAUAUAAAUAUUUUGAUGGGGUGGUAAUAUUUUUUUCUCUCUCUCUCUCCCCCCUUUUUUUCCCACCCCAAACAGUAAUGAUUUUCUCGUUAGGGGAAUCGUUGUUGAGGAAUCUGAAGAUUUGUGAAAAAGAGGCGGUUGUAGAAGAAGAAGAAGCAUCCUCAUUACAAAAAACCAGUCAUUUCACAAACAAGAAGGAGAAGUCCAAAUAGAAUCUCACUAACUGCACGAGUGUCUCUCUGUUUUUUUUUUCAUGUGAUCUUUCCAGAAAAACACCCAAAAAAAUUCGGUUCUGGGUUUGUUUUUGUUUUUCUUUUUUAAAAAAAAAAACAAUUAAUCUUUUUGUUUUUGGGGGUAUUUGUUUUUGGAUUUGAUGAAUCAAGGAAGGCAAUUUCAGAUGGUGGGGGGGAUUAAUUACAUGAAUAAUCAAGGGCAAUACAAUGACACAACUUUUACCAAAAUCUUUGUGGGAGGGUUGGCCUGGGAAACUCAGAGGGAAACCAUGAGAAGGUACUUUGAACAGUUUGGUGAGAUCUUGGAGGCUGUUGUGAUCACAGAUAAAAACACUGGAAGAUCCAAGGGUUAUGGAUUUGUUACAUUUAAGGAUCCAGAGGCAGCCAUGAGGGCAUGCCAAAAUCCAUCCCCUGUGAUUGAUGGAAGGAGGGCAAACUGCAAUCUUGCAUCUCUUGGUGCACAAAAGACCCGCCCACCGACUGCUCCCCAUGGUGCAGGAAGGUUUAGAGCAGCACAUGGGUUGGUGGCUCCACCAGCUGCUUAUCAUGGAUCCUCAUCAACCUAUUUCCCUCAACCCACUGGCCAAUACACAUUUCCUUAUUCAGCUUAUGGGUACACUGGAUAUUCACAAGAUUCCAUGUAUCCCAUGAACUAUUACAGUGUCUAUGGUGGUGGUGGCCAACAAUUCUCACCUUACUACACCACCACAACUGGCGGGGCAUCAGGGCCGGCUGGAAUUUACCAUAAUGUCUACCCAUUUUAUGCUCAAUAUGCUCAGAAUAGUAGCCAGGCUCAUGCCCUUGCUGUCCAAUAUCCCCAAAUGGUACAGUACCCUUAUUUGCCUCCUCAACCCUUUGGCUCCACCUCCACAACUGGGAUCCUCUCUCUUCCUCCUUCUUCAAUGCCAAUCACCACCCCCACAACUACUCCAGGUGCAACAGCAGCAGCAACUGGGGUCACAUCAGGGGGGGCAGCUGCCCCACAACCUUCUGGGGCACACUCUGAGCAGAAUCCUUCAACUUAAUGUCCACAGGGGGAUCAAAACAAUGUCAACUUUUCAAGACUAACCAUAUUGACAGAAGGGUAACAAGACCAGAUUUUCAGCCAUCAACCUCCAAAGUAUUGCCUGCUGCUGCAGAUUAAUCACAUUAGCUGCCAUCAGAAGAGAGCAAAAGGGUUUCAUACAAAUGUCAGCAUCCGAUUGGUUCUUCAUUUGUUUCACUAACUUCAUCAUCAUCAUCAUCAGCAAACAUGUUCUUGGUUAGGACAAGUAGGGGAGUCUAGCUUAUUUUUCAAGUUAGUUGUUAGGAUUAGGGGAGGAAUUAAUUAAUUAAUUAAGACUCAUAUCAGAUGAUUAAUUAAUCAUUAAUUCAUGUAAUUGCAUGAGGUGGAAGCUAAAGAUUGGGCUUUGGAUUCCACCUCACAACACUAAUUAGCAGUUGGAUUAUGUGCCUUGGAUUGCAUAGAGCAUCCAAUGACAUAUAAACCCUUUUUUGUUUAUAUCGGAGAAGAUUAAAGCAAUCGGGUUUCAAAAGAUUUGUUUUAUAUCUUUGAAACACCAGUUUGGUCAAAGCUUCGGAUAGCUUGAUUGGCCAUUUAACUCGUAAUCUUUAAUUUUUAAUUUUUUGAAUUUGGUCAUUGUUCAAAGCUUCGGAUACUUUUUUGGAAUUGAUGGAUUAGUUGGAAGAAAUAAAAGAUUGUCUCUAUGAUUAUUUUGUA